AGCAAACAUCAGCCUCAUCUUCGCCCGAUUCGCAAUGGGCUACAUCCACAGGUGGUCUGAUUGUGGAUCAUCCAACCAGGCCGUAAUUUCUCACAUCAGCACUUGGUCCUGCAAGCUCACUGUGCCGAGUGGGGAUGAUACGUGUUGUGCCUCGUGACCCCUUUCGCAAGAAUGGCUACCACGGACUGCGCCGAUCAACGAGAGGAUAAAUGAGGAGGUCAUGGUUUGUCCUUAAUGGAGGGCAAGUCAGUCAGAUCCAUCAGCCUACUCCGUACGAAGAACAUCAUAACGGGUUCCCGCCAGACCACCGAACAGAUCGUGAGCUCUACCGUCAAAUCAUGGAGUUUGCAUUCUAAUGAACUUUUCAACAGCAUCAUGCAGGUCAAUACUGUCGUUCCCCUUCUGCUAAUUAGCAUUGUGGGUCUGGCGGUCGCAGUUCCUGUUAAAGUCACGAGAGAUGCGGACGCUAGUAAGCAUAGAAAGGGAAGGGAGAAGGAAUGCUCUGACAACAAAAUAGCUUUCCCAGUUCAAUCAGCCGAUGAUGUCGAUAUCAAGAAGAUUGGUGAUACAUACUGAUUGGUGACAGUUGGGAUCCGGGUGAAAAUGAACGGAUUGGUUUCAAGAGGACAAGUCAUGGAGGCCAUAACCAGAUAGGUAGAUUUACAUCCAGCACUUACAGUGGACCAAAAUUUCU